AUGGCUCCCAAGAAGAAAGAACAGCAGCAGAAGAUGUCCCUCGGGGCCUUCUUGAACGACGACAAUUUCGGCGGUUCCUGGGCCGACGAGGUCGAGGAUGUCAUCGGCUCCCAGCCGCUGCCUCCCGCACCCCAUGAGCGUCGCACUGGCACCUUUGGCUUCUCCAGCUACGGCGGAGGAAGUGGCUUUGGCGGCGACCGUGACCGAGGCUACCCUGCUCGCGACUCCUUCCCCACCGAGCUUCCCACCAGACCCCCCUACACCGCUCACCUGGGCAACCUCUCCUACGAGGCCACCACCGAGACCGUGACCGACUUCCUCGCCGACUGCGAUGUCACCAGUGUCCGCAUCAUCGAGGACAAGAUCGAGCAGCGCCCGAAGGGAUUCGCCUAUGCCGAGUUCGCCGACGUCGAAGGCUUGAAGAGAGCUCUGGAGCUCGACGGAGAGACCUUCCAGGGACGUAACAUCAGAAUUAGAAUCGCUGAUCCUCCCAAGGGUGGUGACCGUGGCGACCGCGGCGAUAUUGCCCGCGACCUGUCCAGCUGGGAGCGAAAGGGUCCGUUGACCGGGGACCCACCCCGUAGCGACAGACGAGACUUCGGCGAGCGCCGUGGCCCCCCUCGCGAUGGCCCUGUUGACGAUGGCAAGGUCCGAGACUUUGGCAACUGGGAGCGCAGGGGUCCUCUGUCCCCCAUUCCUCAAGCCGAACGCUCUGGCUCCCGAGACAGCAGCCGGCCCGAGGGCAGACGUAACGACUCCUUCCGUGGUGGUGAGCGCCCCGACCGACGCACCUCCCCUGCUACCUGGGGCGAGGGCCGGCCCGAGGGUUCGCGACCUCCUCGUGAGCAUUCUGAGCGUCCCGACCGCCCUGACCGUCCUGAGCGGGCCCCCACUGCCGCUGAGCUCGACAACCAGUGGCGUAGCAACAUGAAGCCCGACAGGGCCACUCCUGACCAGUCCCGAAACGGCAGCGAGGCACCGCCGUCGCCGGCUGGAUCGGCCGCCGCCCCUGUCGGUCGUCCCAGACUGAACCUGCAGAAGCGUACAGUGUCGGAGGCUCCAGGUGUCACUUCGCCUCCUCCUGCCUCGGCGACUGACUCCAAGGCCAACCCCUUCGGCGCUGCCCGUCCUAUUGAUACGGCUGCCAAGGAGCGCGAGAUUGCUGAGAAGAAAGAGCAACUCGCCAAGGAGAAGAAGGAAGCCGACGAGAAGGCCAAGGAGGAGCGCCGCCUGGCUAAGGAGGCUGCCGCGAAGGAGGCCGCCGAGGCCGCCGCCGCCGCAGAGGCUGAGGCCGAGGCCGAGAAGGAGAAGGCCAAGGAGGAGCCUGCGUCGACACCCGCAGAGUCAGCUGAGAAUACCGAGGCACAGACUGGAGCGUCCGAUGAACAGAAGAUCCCUACGAGACCUCGGGAACAAGUACAGAAUCCCAAGGCUAGAGCCACCGAGAGUGGCAACUGGAGGACCGCGUCCGGAGAGGGACGCUCUGCACGCGGAGGUUACCAGAGCGCACCUCGAGGAGGACGCGGCGACUCGCGCGGCGAACGUGGACGUGGUCGAGGUGGUGCUUCCCGCUUCGAGGGUGGCCGACCCCCCCGUGCCAACGGCGGCCCUCCUGCCGCUCCCGGAGCACAGCCGGCAUCCCCCGCUGCCACACCUGCCUCUCCCGCUGCUGAGGAGAGUGCCGACCCCGAGGGCUGGACCACCGUGCCUUCCAAGGGCCGACGCAACCCGACGACUCGCGCAUAG